AGGCUGAAGAGGAAAAAUAAGAAGAGGAGGAGGCUGAAGAGGGAGGAGGAUAGGCUGAAGAGGGAGGAGGAUAGGCUGAAGAGGGAGGAGGAGGAGAAGAAGAAAAGAAAGAAGAGAAGAAGAAGGAGGGGGAGGAGGCUGAAGAGGAAGAGACUUCGUUACUUAUGGCUGACAAUUUACACCACCGAAGAUAAACCAUCAAAUAAAUUGGACUGA